AUAAGUGCUUCCGGUGUGAAGUCGUGAGUUUUUGGGUAAACAGGCUCUGUAGCCGUGGCAGCGGCUGAUGCGGGCGGGCCCAGCCUUCAGUACCUCUGACCAGAGAUCCGAGCUGCCGCCGACGUCAUCCUGGGCUGCUGCACGCCGCCGUUCCGGGGCUGGCAGCUGCCACCUCAUCCCUUCAGAGCAGAACUUCUCUAGGGAAGCUGGAAGGGAUACAGGUAUGGCCAAGGACAUCCUGGGUGAAGCAGGGCUGCACUUUGACGAGUUGAACAAGCUACGGGUGCUGGACCCAGAGGUUACCCAGCAGACCAUAGAGCUCAAGGAAGAGUGCAAGGACUUCGUGGACAAAAUCGGCCAGUUUCAGAAAAUAGUUGGUGGUUUAAUUGAGCUUGUUGACCAACUUGCAAAAGAAGCAGAAAAUGAGAAGAUGAAGGCCAUCGGUGCUCGGAAUUUGCUCAAAUCUAUAGCAAAGCAGAGAGAAGCUCAACAGCAGCAACUUCAAGCACUAAUAGCAGAGAAGAAAAUGCAGCUAGAAAGGUAUCGGGUUGAAUAUGAAGCUUUGUGUAAAGUAGAAGCAGAACAAAAUGAAUUUAUUGACCAAUUUAUUUUUCAGAAAUGAACUGAACAUUUUUAUUUUUAUAGCAGGAGGGAAAAAAACAAAAACACCUCUGUAUCAUUCCAGUGACUUGUUGGCUAAAUCCAAGUACAUGGUGGGAGGCAGUGUGUAAAGAGUGCAGCAUCUCUGAAGGCAAUAAUUCAAAGUUGGGGGAACCCGUUUUAUACGUCAGUGCAUAUCAGUGCACACGUGCCACCGAGGCACAGGUUCUCACUUCUAGCAUUCUUAGUCUGAACCAAGCAGUCUGUAAACUUUGAUCCUCUUUUUGUAAAUUUACUAAGCCUUGUAGGGGAAAGCAAUAAAUUAUUUUCAAGUGGUUU